GGCCUUCUCCGUUAAUUUAUAUAUCAACCGUAAUGGUUUCUAGAACCGCGCUAAGGUGAAACAAGACAAAUUUACUACUAGGAAGAAGGAAACUCAAAACAUUUUUUUCUCUGCGAAAUUGAAUCAAAUAUGGGUAGCGAUAGGAAGAUUAAGCCUAAGAGAAAUUCCCCUUCUUCUCCACCAGAUGAAGUGAAAAGAAAACGCCAGAAGAUCAAAGGAGAUGAAGAAAAGAAAGACAAAUCAAGAAAGGACAAACAUAAAUCCCAUAAAUCCAAAGAGAAGGAGUCGGGGGAAAAGCACAAAAGCAAGAGCCACAAACAUAAGGAUAAGUCGAAAAUCAAGUUUGAAGAGCUAUCAAAGGAUGAUUAUUUCUCUAAGAACAAUGAAUUUUCUACUUGGCUUAAAGAUAAGAAGAAAUUGUUCUUCUCAGAUCUUUCGUCUGAGGCUGCACGUGAUUUAUUUUCCGACUUUGUCAAAGAAUGGAACAAGGGAAAGCUUGACAGCCAAUACUAUGAGGGAAUCACAACUGCGCCCCGGUCAUCCCAUGCUUGGAAUAUAAAAAAGUAACGGAAUUCCAUGUUUCUUCUAUUUAGGCGCCUUUAGUUUUUUUUUUUCCCCCAAUAGAUGCUCAGGCUUCUGUACUUACUUUCCUUCAUGCUGGUAAAACCAUAAUCUCUCUUGUUGUAACAACUAUUGUGAACCUAGUAUAGAUGAGGUUUAUCUUUUGUCAAUUA